CCGGUCGUCGGUCACUCACACCACAUCAAAUUGCUUAGAUAUCCAGAUCGAAUUCCCCGAAAGGGAGUUGAAUUCUGGCCAUGGCAUUGCUGGAUUCUAAAUUCCAGCCUUGGCUAAAUGUUAGGGAACAACUCGAGCACAUUUUAAGAACUACAGAUCCAGAAGAACACUGCGUUAUGGUUCCCUAUGGACUCCAGCUGGCCCAAACCUUUCAUCAUCGUCAUGUGAUCAGAUGUAUGACGUUCUAUCAUUGCACCAAUAGUAACAUAUAUGUAACUCAAGUAGACACUGGUGUCAUCAAUGAAGUCUACUUUUGGUGUGUCAGCACUUUGCCUGAUGAGGAGGUCAAAUGUCAAAGAAUCAAGAUAAACACUCUCAUGUCCAGGAUUAUAUUUGUACCACAACAUAGGGUAUUUGUUGGUUAUUCCCCUGAUGUGACUCUGCAUGUAUUUAGUGAUCUCAAUAAUAAUUGCAUGGAACUCACUCAAUCACACUGCUCAGAAACUAUACUAUGUAUGGUAUAUAAUGAAGACAUGGAUGAACUUGUGACUGGUGGCCGAGGAUUUUUACAAGCUUGGAAGAUGACCCAUGUGGAGAUCCGUGACCCUCUUGUUCGAGGUCGGCCAAUCGAAAGCGAGAUUACAGAAGAUGACUGGGUUAGAGAUGUUCGGGUUGAUCGCAAACGUCAUCAAUUAUUUGCUCUUUGUGAUGAGGGUAUUCACAUCAUCAAUUACAUCACAAACAAAGAGGUUUACUGCAUCAAGAAUUGGCAUGCAUCUGCUCUUACUUGUUUUGUUUUCUACCGCAAGCUUGAGUACUGCAUCACAGCAUCUAUGGAUGGGGCAAUUAAGGUCUGGAACGCUGUGGUGUUUAAGGAAGUCCAUCAAUUCAUCGGCCACUAUGCUAGUGUUACUGGUCUUGUUAUUCAUCCUGCCGAUCCUCUCCUUAUAUCAAGUUCUAAAGAUGGAACAUUACGGAUCUGGAGGCUAGAUACCUUUGAAUUGACUCAUAGGUUAAAUGUAGGGGAGAAAGUAUUAGGAAUGAAACUGGCAAACUCCAAUCAACUUUACUAUUACACAUUACAUGAUAUUAAAGUGUGGAAUUUCAAUUUGUUCCAUCAUCUAUUCACACCAGUAAGGUCAUGCGUUCACAAACUGGCUAGGAUUACCAGUCCUUCUUCACCAUCUAGAAUACUAUGUGCAGCUGAGGAUGGUGGUGUACGAUUGAUAUCGGCUGUAUCAGGGACAGAGCUUACCAUCAUAUAUCCUAUGCCAUCUUACCAGGUGCUGACUGAUAUCGUCUAUGACCCCAAGAAUUCUCUGAUCUUCACUGUUCUUGAGAUGGGUGAUGUGUUAAUCUUUGAUAGUUCUACCAAUCCAUGUCAGGCUAAAGAACUUCUGGUACCCAUGAUGCCUGAGGAAUCGGUUAUAAGUCUAGCCUUAGUCAAAUUGGAUUGUGCUAAUGGCUGUGAGGAAACUCCUACUAGUGAUUACCUCAUCUUUGCUGGUCUAGCUAGCGGUCAGAUCUCACUGAUAGAAUGUCAAUCUCACUCUAUGAAGUACCCACUGAAAGCUCAUGGAGGGGGUGUCCUAGCACUAGAAUGUUCCCAUGGAGUCUAUGGACCAGAGGUGGAUAACUAUAUAGCCAGUGCAGACAGGCUUAUUUCAUGUGGUUCAGACAAGCUUGUCAAGAUCUGGGAGAUAGGAAUAGGUAACACUCUUCAAGCUAUCAAGCUCUCUUGUCUUAAAGUGAUAGCAUGCACCACUUCUCCUUCCCAUUUAUCAAUGCUAGGCAAUAUAUUGUGCACUGUCUUACCAACAUAUGUAGUGAAUAUGUAUGAAUUAUCAUGUGACAACGAUGGUGAAAGCUUUUCAUCACUGAACAUACCAACAUCACAGCUACCCCAGUACAUCUCUGCCAAUAAGAUUCCUGGGAUCAGACCGCUUAAACAUCUUAAAGAUCAUGAUCACACUAAACAGAUUACUGCAUUGUGCAGUUGUCCAUCUUUAGGUUUGUUUGCUACAACCAGCGAUGAUGGGGCUCUCAAGAUUUGGGAUGUAACCAAUACCUUGGUGCGUGAAUUAUGGUUUGAUGAUACACUGCGAAGUGUUUGCUUUGCCAAUGCUAGGGGAGAUCUUUUGGUAGGGUUUCAAAAUCACAUAAGUCAUGUAAGUAUAUCUUCAUACCUUCCUUUAUCUUUCAUGGAGCUGCUGGUUGAGAGAGAGUUUGAAGAUGAAAGAGUAGAAGAACCUUUCCAGUUUAAUCCUGAUCUUCCUCUAUGGUUCAACUUGAAAACUAUUCUAACUUUUCCCACUGAUCUUUUGAUGAGGCAACAUGUAAGAAAGAAGCUACCUCAGCUUAGAAAACAAAUCUUAGGGGAGGCUGCAUCUCAGAUAGAGGAGAAGGGGAAGGCUAAAGAGGAUGCCCAAAGUAGUAUUGAGAUACUAGUAGAUGCAGAAAGUAUUUUCAAAGUUAUAGAAGAGAGUGCCAUCCAGCUGGCAGAGAAAAGGGUGUCAGUAGAAAGGAAAAAGACGGAGCCUACGCAACCAAAGAAAAUCAAGUCAAGACAGAUUGAUGGAUCAUUAAGUUUCCAUGGCAACGGUGACCAGGCUCCUCCCAUAUCAAUAUCAGAUGAAUCCAGCAAGAUUGGUAAAUCUUUGAAGCAGGCCAAGAUGGAUGUCCCACAACAGACAAUCAAAGAUGACAAAAUAAAGGCAAAAGAAUCGAAGGUGGAUCAUGAUGUUGCCAUGGAGAUAAGUGAAGAAAAGGACAUGGAGGAAGGAGAAAAGAUUGAAGAGAUAUCAUCAAAGGGAGAACCAACAGAUGAAAUGGUUGAUGAGAUGAUGGAAGGGUUGGUGGAAGAACCUAAGAUCAAGCUACCCAUUGCUCCUGAUGGUUACAUACCAAACUCUGUUAUUAGGCAGAUAGUGCAGCCUCCUCCACCCCCUCCCCCUCUAUCCCCAUCAAAGGAAUGGAAGAUCAAAGAUGUCCCUGAAGGCCGUGUACACUUUGUUGAAGGCGAUCAGUCUGAUGUAGAAUAUGAGGACCAUGAACCUUUUACAUGGGCUUCUUCAGAGGAGAGCAGUAGACAUGAGGUCACCCCGGUGACUUCUCCUAGCCCUCCUACUGAGCAAGCCCUCUAUCAACCAUUCAAACCAGGAAUACGUACAGAUGCUGAGACAGAAGAAACCACAGGAGCUAGCAAAGAUAAAAGGAGGCUGAGCCUAAAGGUGGUCGGGAAGCUGGUCUUGAGCCACCCUGGGUUUAGUGAAGAUAGAGGAAAAACAGUGUCGGCCAAGAAGACCAAGCGGAUAGGAAGAGGUAUCAACAAGGAAGCAGGAUCUCUCAAAAAAUAUAAAAGGCGUGGUACAUUGGCAGGUAUCAGUCAAGAUGAAGAAGAGUUUGAGGAAGCGGAGGAGGAUGAAUGUGAGAAAGAUCCGGUAGAUUUACUCCUUCAGAAGAUCAAUGAUUACUACUGGUAUCCUAAGGGACUCAAGAUGGACGUAUACACCACGGUCAAAACACUCUUAACCCUGUUGGAAGAAUCAUCCAGUGACCACUACCAGACUAUAUGUGAUUUACUUCUUGAGCUGAAUGGUCUUGUGAACUUUGGAGGACCAUUGUUGGAUUCUCUUGUGAGGAGAUACGUACGAGACCUGAAAAGCUCCAACAAUGAUAGACGUAGGAGUGCCAUCCAUACUCUGAGAGGCCUUGGAGAUAAAAGACCAGCAGUUAUACUGGGUAUCCUCAAUGCUAUGGCUGAUAAUGAGAGUUCCAUACAGAAAGAAGCAGCAGAGGCUCUAGCUAAUCUAGCUGGGAUCUCAAGUAAGAAUGCGAUGGAGGAUUAUCUGGCAAAUAUAGGUAUCAUGCAACUGCAAACAAUGGAUCCAUUAGAUGACCUUGCUAGGCGAUUCCGACGCGAGGCCAGACAAGGAGAGACCAGACUACAUACCGCUGCUACACAUCUCCUAGAACGCAGACAGUCUUCACAAUCUCACUUUCCUUCAUCUUAUAGUCCAGAGAGGGUUGAGGAUUGGCUACGGACCUACCUUGGCGACAAAGAUCUUUAUCAGUACAAGCCAAAAGGUUUAAAGAUUCAAGCACCUAUCCACAAGAAAAAGCGCAGAAUGUCACUCACACACAGAGUGCACAGGCCCACAGCAACUGGGGAGAUAAUAGCCUUGGCAGAAGAAGAAUUAAGUGAUGAAGCUUUGAGUGGUUACGAAAGUGAAGAAGGAGAUGAGGAGGAGGAGGAGGAGAAAGAUGAAGAAAAAGAUGAAAGUAUAGAAGAUGAAUGGGAGGAGAAGCUUGUAGAGAUGGAGAGCUUUGCAAGACAUCCUGAAGAAGAGCUUCUAUCAAAACCUGUGAAACUGAACAAACACCAAGCCAUGAUGAAAGCUAAAGAGAUGGCUGCUGAGAGGGAGAAAGCAAUCAUGGAGAAAAAAGCUAAAGAAAAGAUGAGGAAACAUAUGGAGGAGUAUGAAGAAGCCAUGAAGAAGAAACGCCAAAAGCUAAAGCAUCUACUACCUUAUCAUGCGCAGUACUACAAAUAUUACUCUAAACCACAGAAUGUGGGUGGGAAAGUGUACCAGGGAGCAAGACGAGAUAUCAAAGCAAUACUGAAGUCUCAAUCUUCUGUUCAGAGGACUGAAACAACCACAAGCAUUGUGGCAGAAAGAUCCAGCCAUGAUUCACGAAUAUCUGUAGGGGUACAAGAGGAGGCGUCAUAUCAAUCUGUGGUAUCUGAAACAGAACAAACCUCUUUUCAAACAAACCUUCGACAAAUGGUGCAUCUUCCAAUAGAGGAAGAAGAAGAGGAGGUCACCACUCCAGAACAAUCUCUCAGAUCUCAAUCUCUCAGAAAGCCAGUCAUUCAGCCAAUUUCAAGAGAAAAGAGCAAGAAAGAAAUUGAGAAAAGGAGCUUUGGGAAAGGGAUUCAUUUUUACAAGGACAGGAGGCGAUUGGAGGAUGAUGAGAUGAUCGCCAAGGGUUGGGGUACGCCAUUUCGACCCAGGUUCAACACCCCUGUGGAACCCACAGGAGACUCUGGUCUUGGAGAAAGCUUGUUGACUGGUACAGGGACAGGUACUAGUGAUACAUUCAGUGAAUCUGUAAUUGGUACAAAAACUGGUGGCAGCGGUGGGAUUAAAUCAAGACAAGAUGAGAGUAGCAGACCAAAGUCAAACCUCACCAUGGCUAAUGUUAGAAGACAUGAACUCCUUAGUGCACACAAAGAUGACAGAGACUCACAGAUUGUGCCAAAAGAAAAUUGGCGGGACUUCUUUCACCUUCCGAUGAUCAAAGACAAGCGAAGGCACCAUGACUUACUUCAAGAGCUCCAAAGGGGCAAUAGAAGAGUUUAUGAGAAAAUACCUACGAAACCAACAAACAUCAAGUAUGUUCCUUCAGGAGUCCCUCUAACUCCAGGCAUUAGUAACCAAAGGGUACUGCAUGACAUCACAGUGGGGUCAAAGGGCAAAGGUCAAGGCAUUGGAGGACGAGGAGAUAUCCUUGAGGGUCCAUCCUUGGGAAAGCGAGGCAUCACAGGGUAUGGUGCGCUGCAGAUGACCUGGUCUAAUAUGGUUCCACAAUACUCUGCCCAACAAAGACAAGAAGGUCAUUGUGUUACCAUGGGAACCAGGAAACAUGACUUGUCUCUCGGUGCAUCUGAGAGGAAGAGAGAGGAAUGGAAGAAAUAUGAUGUUGACACGAAGAUAUGGCUUAGAACACAAAUGCUAUAUCCAUCUCUUUUUGCUCUGCAGGAGAUAGAUUUCAUUAAGAGAAGGCUCAGCGAACCUCAUCCUAACAAGAAGGGAAAUCUAUUUCAAUGGGAAACACCUUUGCCUAUGGUGUCUUUCGAACCAACAGAAAAGGAAACUGAGAAGCCAAAGAGACCAUGUCGCCUUUGUGAUCAGGAGGACCGUCAUAAAUUUGGUCCUAGCCUUCCAUCAAUCAUCCAAUCGGAGAACGGGGAAGACGUUCCUAUCGUCCCUCGGAACUCUAUAGCAUCAACCUGUGACCCAUGGACUCUACCAAGGAUUAAAAUUCACAAGAAACAUGCAAUGGAUGGUGUAAUGACUGGACAACAACCCCUCAAAGAAAUAUCUACAGAAUCUUAGCAGACAUACCUUGACAUGGCUUCUUAAAACCUUGAUGCUUCAAUGCUUCAUCUUGUAUUUGUGAACUAAGCUUUGAUUAGGAGUAUGAAGUCAAGGCAAUAGACUUGCAGCUGAUCAUAGAAUAAUGCUGAAAGCUAUUUCAGCUGGACAUUUAUUCCUAAGAAUUUAUUUGUGUGUCUGAAUAACAACAGAUGUAUCAUUACCAUUACCUAAAUUAAUUAUUGAUGGUUGAAGAUUAUUGGAGGGGUGAUCUUUUGAUUCCAACUGAACCAAUCAUAUUUCAGAAAGUAUUCACAUGAUUGAAACUUGUUAAUUCACGACUUCAAAGUUCCCUGAUUUGAUUGAUUGCCAAUUAUGAAAUUCAAAUUUCUAGAAUGAUAUAAACAUCUAAUAAAAAAAUGAAAUAAAAUGGAGAGUGUAGUAGGCAGUAGCAACAAAAAUUACACAUUGAUAUACAUGUAUCAUGAAAGUGUGAAAGUCUCAAUUUCUUUGUGUUCCAAGCUGCUGCCAUUCUACAGGAUCUUUAAGGUGCCAUCAAAAUGACAAGUUGGCGAAAAAUGUCAUCAUGCCCUGUCGGCCUUAAAAGAUGAAUGUCAACUUAGUAUAUGUAUAUUUCUGAAUGAAAGUGAAAGUCUGGUGAAACUUGCAUGGGUCUUGACAGUGAAAUAGGGAUUUUAACUCAACAUUGCCAUUCCUUGAGGCCUAACAGGCUAAAAAUAACUUGAUUACCUCAUUUUUAACAUGUGAACUUCAAAAGUCCAAAGAAAAAAUUAGCCCAUGAACCUACAUUAUUUUUCAUUUUUUUAAUGUAGGUACCAAAGUUUGAUGAUGAUUGCAUGGAUUUCAUUUCAACUGUGGAACAUCAACAUGGCAAAACAAAAUAUUUCCCCAUCUUGAUGCCACUUUAAAUCUUCCAUACAUGAAAUAAAUUUAAUUGGUGCUUGGUCAUGAAUAUGAUAGACAUCCUAAAUUAUACAUUAUAUUGGUGCAAUCAAGUGCUACUGUUUAGUUAAUUUGGCUCAUGUUUGUUACAUACCGGUGUUAAUAUAUUGUGGAUUUGCUGGUACCCAACUUUACAAUAGAGUAUGAAAGUGUGAUGUCAUCAUAUUUUUAUUUCUAUUUUAAUGCAUUUAUGCUUUUUUAUGACUAUAUUUUAUUAGCACUGUGUGAAAUACAUAUUUUGGUAGUGCAUUAUUAAAUCUCACACCGAAUAUGAUUGAAUAGGUUCUCUGUGGCCAAUGGUAAGGACACAUGAAUAUCUUAUCUCCAUUGAAAUCAGUGUAAAUAGGUAGUCUUUGGGACCAUUAACCAAAUCCCAUCAACUUUGGGCUGUGAUAUUUUUCAUCAUUCUACAUCGAGACAUGUUAUCCUAAUACAUUGAAAUGUGAUGUUGCUACUCUUGUACUCAAUUGACAAAUUGCAAAGGGAAGAAAAACUUAUAGUUUUAUAGUACAGUUACGGGAUGUUUAUUUUGUUUCACAAUAUGGUACAUUUACCUUCAGUGCUUGUUCAAAAUAUCAAUAAAAGAGCUUAAAAAGGCA